CGGCAAGGCGGCCCCACCCCGCGGCUGGCCGGCGGGCAGGCUCGGCGCGUCCCUUCCGUCCGGCCCGCGCCGGCGGCGGGGAGGCGGCGCGCGCGGCCCGCAGCCCGCCCAUGGAGGCUUUCCACUGGGCUCCCCACUCGCCCCGCCGCGGCCGCGCCCCCGCGCCCAUGGCGCUCGUGCCCAACGCCCGCUACGUGAGCGCCCAGGGCCCAGCGCACCCGCAGCCCUUCAGCUCGUGGAAUGACUACCUAGGGCUCGCCACGCUCAUCACCAAGGCGGUGGACAGCGAGCAGCGCUUCGGCUGCGCCAGCGGCGGAGACGGCGGCUCCCCGCCGUCUUCUUCCUCCUCGUCUUGUUGCUCCCCCCACUCGGGGACCGGGCCCGGGGCGCUAGGGCCGGCUCUGGGGCCGCCGGACUACGACGAGGACGAAGACGACGACAGCGACGAGCCGGGGCCCGGGGCCCGCUACCUGGGGGGGGCGCUGGAGUUGCGCGCGCUGGAGCUGUGCGCGGGCCCCACUGAGGCUGGGCUGCUGGAGGAGCGCUUCGCCGAGCUGAGCCCGUUCGCCGGUCGCGCCGCCGCCGUGCUGCUGGGCUGCGCGCCCGCCGCUACUGCCACGGCCGAGUUGGCGCCGCGCGAGGAGCGGGCCCCGGCGUGGGCGGCCGAGCCCCGGCUGCACGCCGCCUCCGGGGCUGCCGCCGCCCGGUUGCUCAAGCCGGAGCUGCAGGUGUGCGUGUUCUGCCGGAACAACAAGGAGGCUGUGGCGCUCUACACCACCCACAUCCUGAAGGGACCCGACGGGCGAGUGCUGUGCCCCGUGCUGCGCCGCUACACGUGUCCCCUGUGUGGCGCCAGCGGUGACAACGCGCACACCAUCAAGUACUGCCCGCUCUCCAAAGUGCCGCCGCCGCCCGCCGCCCGGCCACCCCCGCGUAGCGCCAGGGACGGUCUUCAGAGCAAGAAGCUGCGCUGAGCUCGGCCUGCUGCCACCUGACGCCACCAGGGUCACCGCCUGUCCACUCUCCUUUCUGGUCUGUGCACCAUCUCUUCCUCGCUGUUGGGAGGCGUGGAGCUCAGCCGUUGGUUCAACUUGGGAUGUGGUAUUGGUUUUUUCAAAGCAAGCCGGCCGUUCGGAGUACUUUGUCGAAGGGCGGUUGAGACUAGACGCUAAAAUCUUGAUUUGUUUAUCUCUAGUUUCUAGUUUGUGCACAUCCAGACGGUGAAGGCUGUGUAUUCCAACUGAAAUAUGGCAACUUUGAGACGCUGUUUAUUUACUGUAAACGUCGACCUAUUUUAGGUGCACAUCAUCAGUAUGAAAUUGUCUCAAUCUAAUCUUGGAUGUUUAAUUUUAUGAACGGAGGCACUUUACUAGGUCUAGAAUAUUUUUUUAAAAGCCUCCUAACUGAACUUAGAACUGGCGAUUUUACGGAAUGUUGGCGGCAAAAUGACUAUUUUAUUGUUUGAAACAAUAUUUCUUAGUUAUCCUUAAUCAGUUAUCCAAUUCCAGGUGAAGCAAGCCCCUGGUAGCAUCACUGUUUUGAGAAGUGGAGGUUUAGUAAACUUUCCAGUAUUAAUUUGGGUGGGUAUUCCCUCCUUGUGGCUUGUUUUGUCCUAGCUGGAGGUGUAAAACGCACACACUGUGUAGCAGGUAGAAUACAGCUCCUUACCCUUUUAUGUACCAGAUCUUUUAUUACUAAAUUAGCAACUAGCAUUUUCCACCUUUAAAAGUUGUGCCAAGUUAUAAUCAUAUUGUGUAUACACUUGGAAAUGGUGCUGUUUAAAAAACUUGUGUAUUUAUACAGUAACAGUAUAUGAAUUCAUUAAUCUUGCCUAUAACUUUGCUACUUAGCCUUUUGUCUGUGCACCCACCCUACCCCAACCCAUUUCCAGUUCUUUAAAAACAUUUAAUCUUAAUGUCAGGAGGGCGCAGUAUUGACUGAAUUAUUCAAUUUCAGACUUCCUAAAUGGAGAAAGCGCAUUCCAGGUGUUGUCUCUCAAAACUAAAUGAAAGAUGGAAUCCCUUGCGCUCUAGAAGGUUAAUAAUAAUAACCUGUGUUCAAGGUUCCACUCUGGGCUGUGUGGCCUUAGGCACAGGCACUCCUCAAACCAGAAUAAACACUAAUUGUGGAGCAGGGGAGACACAAGGAGCACAACCUCCUUAUGUUCCCAUUCUCACAGGGAAGACCCCAAUCUGUUUCUGGAACCCCCGUUAUAAAUGAGAUUAGACCUGAUCCGUAGGCAAAGGUUCUUGAACUACUUUUAUCCUCCACCCUUAUUUUUAAAUUCACUGAGCUGAAUGCCACACCAUGGCAUGUAGCUAUAUCAAGAUAGGAGGCAAAAAAUGGAAAGUAAGAUGAACUCACCCAGAACAUACAAAAUGUAUCAUUAUCUGAAAAUACCAGUGAGAGAUUUAGUCUAAGUAUUAUAAAGAUGCCAAUAGGAAUUUAGCUAGGUUAUUAGAGGUUAGAUUGCUUUCAUAUUAAACAGCUAACUUCCUCCACAGCAAACUGGCUUGAACACUCCUUUAAAGGUGUGAGACAGGCUGGGGUAAGUAACAUUGGGUGGCUUGUGAGCCUUUUUGUUCAAGGCAAGUGUAUGAAAAUAAGGGGCAGGGUGACAGGCAUAUGGUUUCUAGGCCAUGGGGGGCGGGGGGAGUCCACUCCUGCUAGUCUAGUCCUGUGUCCAUAGCACUUCAGAUUUGACUAGGCCUAAACUCAGUAGCUUAAUAAAGCUGUGUAAUUAAUCUGUUGUUUUGCUAGAAAAUAUACCAGCCUUAAACUAGUUGUGCUUUUUGGGUAGCGUUCAGGACAGGAUGAAUUUGUGUUCCCUCUCCUGCUCUGUUCAACCUUUUCAAGGGUCCCUAUAAACAGAUCAAUGCAUUCAUUCUUCAGACCAGGACUAGGCACGUGGCUACUUCGUAUAUUUAAAAGUCCAAUUAUAGACACUUUCCAGGUCUCAGGCAAGUAGCUUUAAUAUAUAUUCAAUAUGAAAAUCCUUGGGUGAUAUGUGCCUAACCAGGAACAUACUAAAACAUGGAGCUGACUUCAGUCGCGAAGUCUGGAAGGGUAUCUGAAGACCUCACAACUACUUGGGCAACCAUUGUAUUAACACAUUAAGCACCAAGCCUGUUGUGUCUUCCUUCCCAUGUGGCCCGUGAUACCCGAUUUCACCAAUACGCUUUCUCUUCAGUCAGUUGUCUGUGGUUCGUGUUCCAGUGCAGUUUAAAAAAUUUUUCCUUACCCGUAACAGUGACAAUGUCAGUAGAAGAAACGUGUGAAAGCAAUUGAAGUGAAAUUAGUUUUCCUAAUAGAAGAAUGAUUUUUUAAAUUGUAUAUCGUCAGUCACUGGUGACUGACGCGGUCCAAACAAAGUAUAGUGUCAGUCACCACUGACUGACAUGGUGCUUAAAGUGUUAAUCCUUUUAAAACACACCCCAUGUUUAAAACGCCCUUCAAAUUGGCCUGUUUUCCAGCUAACAUUAAAAUAUUGCAAGUUAAAGCAUGAACAGAAUAUUACUGCCGUUAAUUUCCAAAGCUCUCUUAUGAAAAGUAUACUAAUCACACUCUAAUACAUUUAGAAGCAACCCUCAAAUUCCUCCAAGUUUAUUAAACUAGUGUGAAAUAAAUUCUUAUUUUCUUAAUUAAGAACCUGCAGCGUUUAUUUGGCUAAAAACAAAACAAUGUACUCGUAUGGAUGCAGGACUGGCAGCAUGGGCUGCCUUGACAUGCUGGUCCUUUUCUGUAGACAUUUCCAGUGGCUUUUAAUGUCUUUGAAUUUUUAUUUUCCUUGUGAAGUCCUUCUUGGAAGCUGCAGAAUUACUAACUUUGAUUACAACUUUUGGCAUAGAUAUUUUUAUAAGCUAAAACUACAUGCUUUAAAAUCAUACCACAAAUACAUGUAUACUUGAGAAGGAAAGUUUCAGUAUUAGCCCUAACUUUCCAGUCUGCUUUUGGCUACAACAUGAGAAAAAGUCUUUCCAUUUCCGUCGUGUCCCAAAUGUCAAUGAGCCUUGUAAAAGGAUAAAUCAAUCUAGAGUCAGUGUCUUUGGUAAAAAACCACACAGGUAGUCCUUGGCAUAAAAACAUCCCCCGCACAUAGAUGCCAACCUCCUCCUGGUAGCCACUAUGGACAACUAAUGGCAUUGUACCCUUUUGUGGGCUACCGUCUCCACCCUCACAUCUGCCUGUAUUAACAGAAAUGGUCUUCUACAAUAGUUUAAAAAUGCAGUAGUCACUGGGAACAUGGGAGACUUCUAAGGCAUAAGUGAGUAGGCUGGUUGGUCAGGGGGUGGGCAGCUAAGCCCUGAGUGGAAGGAACCCUAAGAGCAGGAUCGCCAAGCAGUAAGACUCUUCAGCUCUAGUCUUUGCUCUGGACUCCGCCCACCAGAACAAAGGACUUGGGAGAAGAGUAUGUCUGGGAAAGGGUCCUGACAGGAAGGGUGUGCUUGCAGACGAGCCUGGGAACCUGACCAGCAGACAUGCAUCUAAACAAACCCACUUAAAUGAACUGUCCCCUGGGGCCCGUGAUGUCACAGUACAGUCCCGCUCUGGUAACUGAAGACUCAAAGCAGUUUACUGCCCCAAGCUCUUUUACUUGUUACAAAAGAAAAGGCCCUCUUCCCACAAAAGACCUUUUCAAGACUUGCACUUGUUUGGAAAGAAAGCUAAAUGUUUAAAAACAUGGUUUCCAUCCUUGGUAACAUCAAUACUCCCUCUUCUGGCCUUCCAGCUAGCUGUACCAACAAUAUCAGAAAUAAGUGCCUAUAGCCAAUAUAACUAACAUUCUCUGAACUAUGAUUUUUCUCAUUUCAAAGGAAAACCCAAGAUAAUACACACCCCACCCCCAUCCUCCCCCAUGCACACAGGCUCUGACAACAGCAUUACAAGGAAAGGAAGGGUCCUCAUUAAUGAGGGGGACGUCUUAAGGGAGACAUCCCAGCCACACUUGCUUUGUUUUGUUCAGGUUAUUUGAUACUAAACACUGAGGCAUUUAAUGGCAUUAGUACAAGUCAAGUAAAAUGAACUCAACUGAAUAUGCAAAUUCGCCAUUAUAAAAAACACUUGGACUAUAACCACAAAUCAACACUAAAACAAAUUCUUUAAGUAUUUUAUUUAUCAUUAAAGAAAAACCACAGCAGCAAGUUCUGUGUUGGCUUCAAUAAGACCAAAUAAUCUUUAAUGUAGCUACUUCACUCCAAAAUUGAAGUCAACACAGUCGUUGCUACAAAUUACUUAUUGAAAGAAUCUAUU